ACCCGGUCGGGCAGCUGAGGCUCGGCGCUCGGGUUACCCCUGCAGCGACGCCCCCUGGUCCCACCGACACCACUGCUGCUCCCGCCCCUUCGCUCCCCGGCCGCGCCAUGGGCACCCGCGACGACGAGUACGACUACCUCUUCAAAGUUGUCCUUAUUGGAGAUUCUGGUGUUGGAAAGAGUAAUCUCCUGUCUCGGUUCACUCGAAAUGAGUUUAACCUGGAGAGCAAGAGCACCAUUGGAGUAGAGUUUGCCACAAGAAGCAUCCAGGUUGAUGGAAAAACAAUAAAGGCACAGAUAUGGGACACAGCGGGGCAAGAGCGAUACCGAGCGAUAACGUCAGCAUAUUAUCGUGGAGCUGUAGGUGCCUUAUUGGUUUAUGACAUUGCUAAACAUCUCACAUAUGAAAAUGUAGAACGGUGGCUGAAAGAAUUGAGGGAUCACGCUGAUAGUAACAUUGUGAUCAUGCUUGUGGGCAAUAAGAGUGAUUUACGCCAUCUCAGGGCAGUCCCUACCGAUGAAGCAAGAGCUUUUGCAGAAAAGAAUGGUUUGUCAUUCAUCGAGACUUCCGCUCUAGACUCAACAAAUGUCGAAGCUGCUUUUCAAACAAUCCUGACAGAGAUAUACCGCAUUGUUUCUCAGAAGCAAAUGUCAGACCGACGUGAAAAUGACAUGUCUCCAAGCAACAAUGUGGUCCCUAUUCAUGUUCCACCAACCACUGACAACAAGCCAAAGGUCCAGUGCUGCCAGAGCAUAUAAGGCAUUCUCUUCUCCCUAGAUGGCUGUGUAUAGUCCAUGACCCAGGUCUGAGAUUUAAAUAUAUUUGUAAUUCUUGUGGUCACUCUGUGUUUUAUUACUUCCUCACACUUAUGAAAUUUCCCAUGUCUUAAGUCUUUGAUUUUAGCUUUAUAAAAUCAUUGUCCCAAAUGACUGCAGCUCUUUCCCUGCUAUGGCCUCACUAGCCUUGGUUUAAUAAACUGGGUGUUUGGGUUCCUCAGUUACUGUCUACUUUUCAUCAUGGCAGCCUGCCACUGUAGGGCAAAGUCGAACUUGAUCACUCGAAGCGCAGACCUAUAGAUCUUGAUCAAAUCAAAAGAUGAAGACAUUAAAAAAUAGGUUGUUAUUUUGCCAUAGAGCACUUAUAAUUAAUACACAUCUCUCUCAGUGCAAUAUGUAUUCCCCAUAUCCAAGAUUUGCCCUAUAAGCCUAGCAGGAUUGUGAGGACUGGAAAUGUUGCCCGUACUCUAGAAGUUACUUUCUAAAAUGCCUUAAUAGGUUUGCAAAUUCAUAAAACCUGUUCUUUGAUUUUUCUAAGCAUAGAAGUUGGCUGGAGAGAGGAGCACUUUGUUCUGGAACAAAAAUGAUCCUAAUAAACAUUAAAGAAUUAUGGUUUGGGUAGUAGAAUGGUCACGGGCUGCCUGGCAGGUUGGGAACUAAAGAGACUGGUGGCAUUCCGUCUGAGGUACCACUGUGAACAAAGGUCAGGCACUCCUUUAACUCAUCUGUCAUGUAAUGGAUCUAAUUUCCCAGCAGCAGAUCAUGCAGCAUAUAUUAUUGCUCAGGCAAUAACUGGUUUAAUGCUGAUAGUAUUAAACUUUUAAAUGUACAUUGUUUCUUAAAACCUUCAAGUAAAUGUGCAAUUUAGUUUUAUCCUGUAUCCAUCACAGGCAUGGAUGAUAAUUUUGACAAUGCUAAUACUUGAGUUUUGCAGUAUGUUCUAGAAUAUAGUCCAGAUAAGUUCUUGGUUUUGGUUUGUCCAAGGAAUACCGUGAGAAGUUAAUUUCUACUUAAGUGGUGUCACUUGAAGGCAUGUGCUUUUUUAGUAUGGAAGAUGAAAUAAUACCUUGAGUUUAAAUAGAAUGCAUUUAGGCAUUAUAAAAACUUAAAAAUAGCUUUCUUCCACUAUAUUAUUGAAACCAGUGAAGCAACUAGUUUCUCAUUCUGAAAUGUGCACACUAAUCUUUAGUUUUACUUCCUGUGGAUAGUAGUACGCACUUUACUCUGCAGUGUUCUGCAAGGUGUGUCAAGUGCAUUGAUACUACUCAGGAUGGUGGGAUCCCUCCAAACUGUGUGUGUGGGCUUGCACAGGUUGCUGUGCUGCACAGCUGCUCUUCCAUCUCGCGGUGCUCAUGACGUGUGGGGUGCGCAGAGGCAUUGCUGUAGUCGGUCACUGUGGUUUUCUUCCGCAGUCAUUUUAUCAUUUUCCUGUAUUGGUUACGAAGAUACUAUUAUGUUUGUAAAUUGCUACCUUGUAUUUUAUGCAUGCUCUGUAAUUUUUUCUUUAGUUACUGAUUUGGAAUAUAUUCACAUUCUAAUAAACAGUUAUAGGGGACUCCUC